GCGGAAAAAAAACAAAAAAAACAGAAAAAAAAAAAAGGAGAGAAAUGUCUUGACGUUUGGGAAGAAGGAGCUAAACGGCGCGCCCAAGGCGGAGUGAACAAAACGUCUCCCAUCGCAUAACACACCGCUGGCCAACUUGCCCAGUUCACCUUUUCCAGCCGAGCGAAAGUUUCCACCUUUUACAGGGAUGAUUCUCGCGCGCAAUUUUACAUGCACGUACAUAUGUGUGCAGCCCUUUAUGCGUAAUUUAUAAGCGUGAGAAUACCCAUGCACACACGGCCCUUCAGCCGACAGUGAUCUUUUCCUUUUUUCCUUUUCUGUUGGACGAGAAGAUGAAUGUUGAUAUAGCCUUCGACGGGAAUGAGUACACACACAGUGGGUACUCGAAGAAUUCCCUCAUAGAGGACAAAAAUUACACCCUGGAGUAUGAGAAGUACGUCCACUUUGCCUUCUUUACUUGUUACUACAUUUCGCAUAUAAAGAAGGGAAAAUGCACAGACACGGAGGUUUUGGCCUGGUAUUUAAAAAAGUUUGAGCACGUCGUCAUUAAUUCCACAAAAAAGGUAAAAAGAACAUAUUUUAAUUUAAUAAACAAUCUGAUUCAGGAUAAGUGUGUGAAGGCCAAGCUAGAAAACAAUAAGAGAUAUUUGACCCACAAUGAGAAUUUCAUUUUGUGGGCGUGGAAGCGGCGAGCUCUCAAAUUCGACCGAGAUCAGUUCAACAAAUUUUAG